UGUAAAUCAGAAAAUGGCUCCACGACAUCUAUGGAGAAACUCUCUGGAGAUGUUUUAUCAAACAUAUUUAUCAGGUUAUUCGCAAAACAGCUUGCUCAAAUGAGAUGUGUCUCUAAAUCUUGGAAUUCUCUCUUAUCUCAGCCCUCCUUAAUAAACUCCCACCUCCAUCGUUCUAUCCAUAGCAACAACGAUAAAAUUCUCAUGUUAUUCCACCAAGUAUCUGAUGCUGGCUCUGAACCAUUCACAGCACGCUCUUCUCCAUUUCCUCAUGUGGAACUCACUAAUUUCAUCAAAUUCCAUGUUAAUCUUAAUUCUGAAGGCGCCACUGUGAUUGGAUCUGUUAAUGGCUUAAUAUGCUUGAAUUGCAGAUCAUAUAAUGGUGGUUCUGGCCUUCAUAUUUGGAAUCCAUCUCUCUCCGCCGUGUUAGCUAUUCCACCAUCUUCUAUGUCGUCUCAUGCUUCUGAUAUAUUUCCAUAUGGAUUCACAUUACACGAUGAGUUCUUGUAUGAAGAUGAGAAUGAUCGUCUAGCUUUGUAGGAUCCAAUCACAGAUACUGUUAAGAGGUUUGAGGUAACAGGUAGACCACUUAGCGUAGUUAAUUAUGUUGACAGCCUUGUCUGGGUAGCACCUGAUCGUGACAUCAGCUCUUCCAACAUCUCUCGAUUGCAAACUUGAAACGAUGCAGAAAUGUGGAUAACGAAUAGUUAAAAGGGCUACAAAAUGCAAGCCAGAUAUUCUUCUAUUUCUAUCUUUUGUUAGAACAUUAACAACUUUGCAUGAUGUUAUGUUUCGAUAAGUUUGACAUGGUGGUUCA